CGCCGGUUGACCCGCCGCUGCUCCUCCAGCCCGGUGGGCUUCGCUGCGGCUCCCUUCGGGUUUCUCUGCAAGCUCAGCCUCAAGGCGCCGGCGCGGCCACUGCGUCCCGCCCCAGCCCAUGGCCGGUGUGCGGGGCGCGUCUGGGCAGAAGCUGUAAGGACUUUCCCGUAAAGCAGCAGCUGGGGAAGCCUCCGCCUCCGCCGCCGCCGCCGCCUCCAGGAUGGGUACCGUGCUAUCCCUGUCGCCCGGCGGGUCUGGGAAGGGCAGCAAUGGGGUGCUCGGCGAGAAAGCGGCCCCGGGCAGGGCUCACGGCAAAGGCGAGAGCCGCUUGAAACGGCCCGGCGUUUUGAUUUCUGCCCUCACCUGGAAGCGCCUGGUGGCCGCCUCUGCCAAAAAGAAGAAGAACGCGAAGAAGGUGACGCCCAAGCCGGGCUCCGGAGGCGCAUCGGAUCCUCUGGUGCAACAACGCAACCGCGAGAACGUGCGCAAGUCCCAGCCGGACGGCACCAAACAGGGUCCCUUGGCUGUUCCGGUGCCAACCGUGCCCGUCUCCGUCCAAGACAACGGAAAACCGCCGCCGCCCCCGCCGCUGCCCAGCAACCGCUCGGCCGCUGGCUCCCCGCGGAGAGUGAUCGUGCAGGCUUCGACGGGCGAGCUCCUCCGCUGCCUCGGGGACUUCGUGUGCCGCCGAUGCUACAGGCUCAAGGACCUGAGCCCCGGCGAACUCAUCGGCUGGUUCCGCAGCGUGGAUCGCUCGCUCCUGCUCCAGGGUUGGCAGGACCAAGGCUUCAUCACCCCCGCCAACCUGGUCUUUGUGUACCUGCUGUGUCGCGAGGCGCUGCAAGGCGACCAGAUUGGCAGCCAGGCGGAGCUUCAAGCCUCCUUCCUCACUUGCCUCUACCUGGCCUACUCCUAUAUGGGCAAUGAAAUCUCCUACCCGCUCAAGCCCUUUCUGGUUGAGGGUGACAAGGAGCGCUUUUGGGACCGCUGCCUCUCCAUCAUCCAAGGCCUGAGCACCAAGAUGUUGCAGAUCAACUCUGACCCGCACUUCUUCACGCAGGUCUUCCAGGACCUCAAGAACGAAGGCGAGGGGGUGUCCACAAAGGACUCCUCCAGCACCAACAAACACUGGACUAUAAGCUUGGACCGUUAGGAAGUUCAGGGGGGCCCUCCGCAGCACCCCCAACCUUCUAGAUAGAGCUCACCUCUUCAUCCCCUUCUCACCUAAAGGCUUGACUCAACUAGGGCUUCUCCUGGAGGAAUAAAACCAGGGGCGAGGAUUGGGGAGCUGCCGGGGGUGGGGGGGGCAUAGCCCUUAGUCAUCCUCUUUUGUACAGGUAGCAUCAUGGAACUGCUUCCCAUUCUGCCCCACAAGCCUUUGGUAGGCUUUGGUCUGCAUAUGGGGAUGGAGGAAGUUUGCUACAGCCACCCUUUCAACACUCCAUUUGGGGAGGGGGGCACACCCAGAAUUACAUCAAGCCCUUUUCACAACUGCAGCAACUAGAUGAUUUGAGGAUAGGUAAGAUGGCCCAUGAUUUAUUGUAUCUUUCAUCUAUGAGCAGAAUCAAUCUUUGCUAUCACAGCAAGGUGCCAUGGACAGCGUGGAUGCAUUUAGGGCCUUAUAUAUGCAUUGGGGGAGGGUGUCCUUUUCUCUUUCUUCCAAAUGGGAGAAUCCCUAGACAUAUUAAUGGAUCAGCCUGAGGCAUUAUUUAUCGGCAAGGUUCUGACUAGUGCGGGAGAAAACAGCGGCUAUGCCCUUGUUUGAGAAAGCCCAACCUAUCCGUCUGAUGGUUUGGGUCUCCCUGCUGCUACUGUGAAUCACAGUACAGCCAGGGUAUUUAUUCCCCUCCACCCACCCCAGAUUAAAGAAAUCCCUGCAUGUAUUUAUCCUUCCUGCUGUUGGAGCUCUGCCAUAGUGGUUCUUUAAAAAAUGGAUAAUGGUCACAACAGACCUUUACUGCAAGUCACUUGCCUUUUGUAGUUUUCCUUUCUUUUCAUCUUGGCACAGGGGAGGGGGGAGAGGUAUGUAUCCACUCCCAACACUGAAAAUAAGUGCUGGGGAAGCUCUGCUGCUAUCCUUCCAAUGCUCCUCCACUUGACCUGUUCUCUCCAUCCUGCCACCACUACCACCCCUCAACCGCCUCCCAUCUAAAGCAGAGGCUGGGAGCUGUCCAUGGUGCUAGCCUCUUAGACCUAUGUAGACAUUUGCACAUUCUUGAAGCUGAAAAAAAAAAAAUCAAGCCAUCUCAUGGUGUUUGAAUGUAACAGAACAAUGUCUGACUUAUGGGAUGUUUGUGCCAAUGUUGCUCAAAUGUACAAUAACAUAUUGUUUUAUAUUGUAUAUUUAAAAGAGAUAAAAGUAAUGAGUUUAAACAGAACUUCAAAACUGUUCAAUCAUUGAGAGAUUCAGCUGUACUAGGAAAGAAUACUAAAUGCAUUGGAUCUAUAUGAGAACCAGUGAAAAGGGAUGCAAGCAAUAGCAAUUCACGCUGAGGCUUUACUUCAGGAUGGAGGAGGCAUUAGUAGUUGGCUGAUGAUUUCCUAAAUGGCUGUGUUGGCAGGAGAUCCCAGACUUGCUAAUGGGAUUUGAUAUCGAAUUGCAGUCCAUCUUAUUCCAGAGCCCUUUUAGGCAAGGACAUGCUCUGUGUGUUAAGAUCUGGCCUUAAUAAAUCUCAGUAAAAAAAAAAAUCCAAUUUAAAAAAAUCUGAUUUAACUACUAAAAUGCCUGCAAAUGUAAUUGUUGAUAAAGCAACAAAUUCCUUGCCCACCUGCUUUAUUGUUUGGCAUGUAAUCCUCUGCAACUGAGGUCAGUUAAAGAGGCCAUCAAAGCGGGACCUAUUUUGAAUUGUUUUCUAAUUUCUGAAACUAAAAGUAAUCCAGAAUUUUUCCUACUGGCAUCCUGGUCCUCUUUCAAAGGGCACCUAGCACAAAUGAUACAUUUAUUAAGAACGCAUUGAUAGUUUCUUGUCCUCUCCUUCCAGAUAAGUAUGCUUUCAGUUUGGCAUCCUUAAUUGCUGACCCUCUGAAGAAUGCUGAUGGGCAGGUGUCUCUGCUGUGCCUUAUUAUUCUUUAAUAUUAUUUUAGGGUGGCAGGCUUGGGUUACUUUGCUUCUUCGGUCUUUUUAUUGCCACUGUCGCAGAUGUUUCUUUUUUCCAAUUUUCACUUCAUAAAGUGCUAUGAUAGCACUGCAUAAAAGAUUUAUUAAUUUCUCAGAUUUAACCCUUUUUUAAAAAAAAGGUAGAAUUUGAUCAACUGUUCUGUUAUUAACUGGAACUGUCAACAAUUUUCAGAUAAUAUUUUUGUUUUUUCAUGAAGGAGUCUACUGCACCAUUUCACUUAUGAAACAGGCAAAAAUAUAGCAGCAAAAAUUUUAAGAGGAAUUCUUUGUUUUCACAACAGCAUGGCAGUUUUCUGUCCAUCUAGUUAAGACCCCUUAUGGAUUCUUGCUGUGAUGGAGAAGUCCAUAGUGAUUAGUUAGCUGAUAGGAUUAGUUGCUAAAACUUAGCUGAUAGGAUUAAUUACUACAAGUUAAUAAACAAUUUGGCUCAUGUUUUAACCAACAGUCAAAAUGGUUUAGGAAUUUAUAGACUGAUUUUUGAGCUUGACAUAAAAUCAUUUAGAGAAGACUGCUGAUUCUAGAUUUAAAAAGAUCAGCAGAGAAACCAAGCCCUCAAUUCAAAAGAUUCUACCUUGCCUCAUCACACUGUCUCCAUAAUUUUGAUUUGAAAAAGGUUUUGAUCCCAGAAUCCUGGCUCUGCAUGUGUUAAACAACAAUGGAAGACAGCAGGAUGCCUGCUAUUUUGGUAAGAAAGUUAUGCUAUUUCUUCUUCUUUGCAUACCUCUCUGAAGGAUUACAUUAUCAGAAGUUUAGGCUUUGACAUUUUGGCAAAUAAUUCAAAUAAUAAACUUAAAAAAAUGGUGAACAGAAAAGGGGAGUUUUGUUUCAGAAGUGUGUUCUUAAUUAUAGUGCAGAUGAGCUAUUAUUAGUAGCUACUCUUCUGAAGUUAGCCUGCCUAUUUGUGUUUUACACCUGACGCAUAUUUUUUUUAAAAAAAAAAAUCAUGCUUGAGCUAGGAUAAGAGAGCUGGAUCCAGAUCAAAGUUACAAAAAAAUUCACCAUUUACAUCUUGUAUUCUAAAAAACCUAUGCUGAUACUAAUACUUGUUCCUGCUUCUGCUAACAUGUAGUUAUUCUGUUUUUAAUUUGAAUAUUGUUGAAGUUAUUUGAACCAAAUUUCAAUGGAUCCUACUCUUUGCCUCAAGACUAGCAAUAUAUUCAGGCUAGCUUCCUCCCAUAUGGGACUUUUUAAGGUUGUCCUGAUUGCAGUCUUCAGCAGGGAGUUUUCAUCUCAACCCAUUUCAGAACCUUUUUGCCUGCCUUCUUGGUCAAGUGCUAGCCCAUUGCACUGAAAUGCUGUGAGUAUCUCUCUCUCUUUUUUUGUAACAUUUAAGUAUUUAAAUAUUGUUUAUUUUUAAAACCCCACUGUGAUUUAUAAUAACAUAACUACGUAUUAUAUAAACCAUCCAGCAAUUAUGAAGAAACAGCACCUGAAGAAUACUAACCUAUGCUCUAAAAGAUGCAAUGGUUAUAUCAUGAUUGAGGCUAGAGAAGAGGUCACUCCACAAGGCAGAUAUAACUGCAGAGAACAGCCUAUGCUCUCUAACUGAACUUGCAAGUCAUAGCAAGGCCCUCCCUGAAAAAUCAAAGAUGUCUGAGGGCUGAUGUAAUUGGAGCGAUUUUUCAAGGUAGCUAUGUGUGCUACAUUUAGGACGUGUCUAAAUGAUUGUACAGCUCCGUUUAUUUAUUUAUUUUACUGAUUUGCUUUUUUUUUUCUUCCCCCUGCUAUGUGUUGAAUGAAAAUGACUUUUCAGCAGGCAACAGUUUUUAAAGAGAAAUGGCAGAUAUAUCUGAAGAUGAGAUAAAAUAGAAACUACAAAUUAUACAGAAUGUAUAGCUCACAGGGGUUCCUUCCAGAGAGUUCUUUCAGAGAAGAUUGUCAUUGUGAUAUCAACAGUUUAUUUCAGUAGGGUUUUUCUUUAAAAUCAGUUUCAGUCUACGGUUAUGGAGGUCCAGAACUGAUGAAUUCAGUUCAAGGGAAAGUCGUCUCAUAUAUGGUGAACCAGUGAGUUACAUAUGGGCAGCCUUCUCAGAGAAAGACCUUGUGAGUCUUGGUUUCACUAGUCAGAUUUCCUGAUAAUGGAGAAGGUGUCCUAUCCCAAAUGGUUUUCUUGAGUUCUUAGGUACAUCUAUGCUACUAGCAUUUCAUCUUUAUAUUAUUAACCUGAACCAGAGAUCCAACCACUGCCAGGUCUGCUGUAACGCCCAUCAUCACUAUUGCAAGCCCUCAACACAACUGACCACUAUGCCUUCCUGCUAGCCAAUAUUGGUACACCAAAAUCAGCUUGGUAGUGAGCGUGAGAGAGAGAGAGUACAUGAAUGGCAGCUAUCUGAAUGAUCACAUGAAGCCCUUUGUUAGAGCACUGAGAUUCUAUGAGGGGGUUAGCUGGAGGGGGUUAGCUAAGAAGCCAAGAGGAGGUAGUUGUGGGAUUUCUUAUCAAUGGGAAAUUGAUCCACCACCAAGUACAGUAUCUUUUUGCCAUUCAACAUUUUGGAGAGUCAAGCUGUGAGAAAACUGGUUAGACUGCUUAGCAGGAUCUUACCAUGGGAAUCCAGGAACACAGUGCUACUUAAGAGCAAAAUCAAAGGCCCUUCAAAGUACCAUUUGCAUUUUUGAGUUGUUCUCAAUUCUGAUUCUGGAUGUGUUCAUUGAUCAUAUCUCCUACUUUGUCCUUUGAUUCUGACUGUUUGCUUUGUCUCACAGCUUCAGGUUUCCCUCUCACUUCAGCUUCAACACCACAGAUAGGGUGUUACCAUUAAUAUCCCAAAAUGAUCUUUUACUGAUUUGAACCACUGGUUCAUCUAAGUAUUGGCUGCUUUGACCAAUUCACUCAGACAUGUGGUUUCCAGGUGCAUGGUUUGCAAUUAAGAGAAUUUAACAGAGGUGUGUGGUUGACAAGUGGAUAAUUUAAGGAUUAAGGACCUUUUUUUAGAAUGAGAAACUAUAGGUAUGUAUGGUGUUGCUUGUAAAACACCAUAGAGAAAACUGGCAGAUGUGGCUUUUGGAAUUCUUUCCAACCCCAUAAUACAGUAGUAACUAUUCUCAGUCAAAUGACCAGGAGGUAGAAGGACUUAAGAAUGGAGCAAUCAGAAGGCUGUUGCCCAACUACUUCUCCCGUAAAAUGAACAGGAAAUUACUUUUGGGUUUUGUAUUCAGUUCUCAUUCCAUUGAGGUAUCCAAACUAGAAAAUUUGCUGUAUCAUCUAGACCACUUUUAUAAGCAAAGCAACCCAGAAAAGUCUGCAUGUAAAGUUGAACAGGGUGGGAGAUGGGAGAUGAGCUUUGCUACUUCAACAGAACGUGUCAGGUAGUGGUAGCAAAAUUUUGGCUGAAACAGUGUGCUUUUGGGUGAUCAUGGACCUGGACCAAAACUGCCUUGAGCAUUGCAUUUUCUACUGCUGGACCAUGCUGACUGAGCAUGACUUCAUAACUCACGAAUGUGUCAAUAAACAAUAUCGGGUACCAGUUGUGUUCCUGAAAACUGUCUCCAACGUGAAACAUGGAGAAUUUUAUAAAUGUUGUGUCCUCUCAAUCACUGGAAUCUGAAAUCCAAUAAAGCAUUUGUUCUAUAAAAGAU